AUGGCACCGCUCGAAGCGGCGACGACCCUCUCUUCGCCUCCUUCACGUCACUUGCUCCCGCUCCAAGCGUUCAGGGGCUCGCGAGAACCGGUCCAGAUGGCUUCUACUGCUGAGUACAGCGCCUGCUCUGUCUGCGGCCGGCUCACUUCGCUCAAAUGCCGCCCUUGCACCGAUGCGGGUGUCGACCUCUUCUUCUGCUCGCCGGAAUGCCAGAAGCUUGUCUGGUUCGCUCACCGUCAAGUCUGCGGUCCUGGCAAGGCCAACCCGCCUUGUCUUCCCGAGCUUUCGUCGGCAGAACUCCAAAGCGCCCGAGAGAGGAGUCGAAACCCGAUUGUGACAGGCGGCGGUCACCCUAUGAUGCUUGCAGGAGAUCUCGAGGGUGUUAGCCAUGAUCGCUUCGAGACGGUCAUAAACUUCAUCGGCGGCCCUGUCAACGAAUGCAGCGCUCUCCCGAACAAGCCCUACCUCGUCAGCAUCGUACGGUCCACUCGCUGGAGCGACCCGACGCAGAAGCCAAACAUCUCGCUUCGAGGGCUGCCUGACAACUUUGUCAUCGACCACGUCAGCAAGCUCAUCUGCGGCGUCUGCAGCAGUCUCCUCGGCGGCGACAUUCUUCCUGAGAAAGUGAUUGACACUUCGUGGUGGACGCCGCUCGUUCAUCGACUCGUCCUCCUCUCGGCAACCGUCAAAGUAGCGCUGGAGACUUGCGACGCGAAGUAUUUUGCAUGGGCUUGCAGCGCUCGUCUGCGCCUUGUCCAGUGGCUCCACAGCGGCAUGAACAUCGGCGCAGCUGCCCUCAAAGCCGCGUUGGCUGACUACGACCCGAUGACGACGGAACUGCGCUACAUCUGCAGUCCUCGGCUGCAGGAGAUGCUCAGGCAGUCCCAAGAGUAG